AUUUUCUCUAGAAAGCAAAACAACUUUUUUCUUCCCCAAGAUCUUAAAGAUUUGAUUAAUAAGAAGACAUAUACGAAGAUCAAAAUUAUUUUAUCUUCAAAUGGGUUUUGAUGAUUCAUGCAACACAGGUCUUGUUCUUGGUUUAGGCCUCUCACCAGCGUCUAAUAAUUACAACCAUGCCAUCAAGAAAGCUUCCGCAACCGUGGACCACCGUCUCAUCAGGCUCGAUCCGUCGUUGACUCUAAGCCUAUCCGGUGAGAGCUACAAGACCAAAACUCUUGCCGGCGCCGGAGAUCAGAUUUGCCGGCAGACUUCGUCUCACAGCGGAAUCUCAUCUUUCUCGAGCGGAAGGGUGAAGAGAGAAAGAGAUGUCUGCGGUGGUGGCGACGGCGAAGAAGAGGCGGAGGAGACGACGGAGAGAGUAGUGUGCUCGAGAGUGAGUGAUGAUCACGAAGAUGAAGAAGGUGUUAGUGCUCGUAAAAAGCUUAGACUCACUAAAGAACAAUCUGCUCUUCUUGAAGAUAGCUUCAAAAUCCAUAGCACCCUUAAUCCUAAGCAAAAACAAGCUCUUGCGAGACAGCUCAAUCUAAGGCCUAGACAAGUUGAAGUGUGGUUCCAAAACAGGAGAGCUAGGACAAAACUAAAGCAAACAGAAGUAGAUUGUGAGUUUUUGAAGAAAUGUUGCGAGACUCUAACGGAUGAGAAUAGAAGGCUACAAAAGGAGCUUCAAGAUCUCAAGGCUUUGAAACUGUCUCAACCGUUUUACAUGCAUAUGCCGGCGGCAACUUUGACGAUGUGCCCUUCUUGUGAGACACUCGGCGGAGGCGGCGGCGGUGGUGGAGGUGCCGGAGGAGGUACGGCAGCCGUUGUUGAUGGAGAAACGGCGAAAGGAGCUUUCUCCAUCGUCACAAAGCCUCGUUUCUUUAACCCUUUCACUAAUCCUUCUGCAGCUUGUUAGUUACUUAUUAAUUAUUAUUUUUUUCUAUUUCUUUUGGUUUCUUAAAUCAAAAUUAGGAAUUAGUUAGAAGGUUAAAAUCCCAGGGGAAAAAUAUAUUACGUUGAAAUUGGGGGAAAAUGGGGUUAUAGUCUUUAUAUAUAUAAAGUCUCUUCAACGAUUCCACUUUAUUUUUCGGUGGGAUUGUUGGUUGAUGAAGACAAAAAUAUAGUUUGUAAUUAUAAGUUUUAAAUUUGUAGAUGAAAAAUGAAGAAGAUAAUGGGACUUACUAAUCCAUCUUCUUUUGUUUUUUUUUUUUUUUUUUUUCUUUUUUCUCUGCAAAUAUGUAUUAUGGUAGUAUAAUUUUGCUUUGUAAAAAAACAAAAAUAUAUUUAAUAAUUUUCAUCUACAAUGAUAUA